CCGCCCUCCCAAAUCGGCUAGAAGUGGGGCAGUGCUGGCCCUGUCUCGCCGUUCCGUGAGCCCCACAUGGCUUUCCUGAGUAGUGCCCCUUUGGGUGUGCUUUAAGUAAAAAACCGAAAAGGACCCUGUCCUCUGAGUUAUGGUUGGAGUUCAAAUAACAGGAGUGAACAGCUGAAAGUCACCACUGCUUGCAUCUAAAAAUCUCACUGCCAAGAAAGAGACCGUUCACUGUGCUCUCCAGUGUUUGCUGUUCUGCUGGUUUUGACUGUGAUCACCAGGAAAAUACGACACUAGACAACGAUACUGUUGGUACUUACAGGCAACUGGUGGCUUUACAGGGUCCAAAGAAAAAUGCAGACAGAAGAGCACUUCCAGGCACGCUUUGAAAGAAAACGGUCCUCCACCUUGGGUGGAGCACUACAGAUCUCUCGAGAGAACAGACAGCUACACUGCAGCUUCUCCUGGAGGAGGUUCAGAAAGAUCACACUCAAGGUGUUCCCUGUCCUGAACUGGCUGUUUUCAUAUCGGUUCAGAGAAUGGAUCUUGAGGGAUCUGCAUGCAGGCCUAAGUGUUGCAAUGUUUCAGAUUCCUCAAGGACUUUUAGGAGUUUGGCUGACCAGGUUACCUCUGCCAAAUAUCAAUGGCUUCCUUUCUGCGUUCUGCUGCUCGCUGGCAUAUGUUGUAUUUGGGACUUCACAUCAUAUCUCAAUUGGCUCGUUCAGCAUCCUAAAUGUGGUGGUGACAAACACUCUGAAGACUCCUAAUUUCACCCAAACAUUGUCCUUUAAUGGUUCACUGAACAAUUUAUCAGACACUACAUUUAUGAAAGAUUACAUGGAGGCCUUGACACUUACCGCAUCAAUAACUUUUUUGACUGGCAUCAUUCAGUUGCUGCUGGGUUGCUUUUGCCUGGGGUUUGCAACAACAUACGUGCCGAAGACUCUCAUCGAUGCUUACCUCACUGCAGCAGCAUUGCAUGUCAUUGUAUCCCAGUUUGCCUUUAUCUUUGACAUCAUGUUAGACUUCCACAAGGGUCCCCUGGGCAUUUUUUAUAACCUAUUUCAUUACUUCCUGGCUCUCCCAAAGGCUAACGCCACCAGCAUAUUGCUAUUUUUGCUUAGCAUGGCUGCACUUCGAGUCAGUAAAUUUAUCAAGAUAACUUAUAAACAUUGUCCUAUUGCAUUUCCUAUGGAACUUCUCUUGAUUAUCACAGUCACCAUUCUUUCUAAUUGCAUUCAUCUUCACGCUGAAUCUAGUAGUGCUGUGGUCAGUAUGAUUCCGCAGAGGUUUCUGCCUCCUACGCUGCCAGAUUUGUCAAACCUGAGCAAGAUCAUCCAGCAUGCCUUCUCCCUUGCUGUCGUAAGCUAUUUCCUUCUUGUUUUUGUUGGGGAGAGGUAUGCUUCACUUCACAACUACAAUAUUGCCAGCAAUCAGGAGCUAAUAGCAGCAGGGCUAUGCAAUAUUUUCAGCUCAUUUUUCAAAAGCUUUGUUGUCAGCUGUGCUAUUUCUGGAACUGUCAUUCAAGAGAAGACAGGUGGAAGAACACAGUUAGCAGCGGCGAUUGGAGCAUCUAUGAUGCUGGUGAUUGCGCUGAAACUAGGACACUUUUUCCAGGUGAUACCUCAUAAUAUACUGGCUGCUAUUGUGGUAUUUAACAUGUUCCCUUUUCUUGAAAAAUUUCUGGAUGUCCCCAUCCUGUGGAGACAGGAUAAGUAUCAUUUCGUUAUUUGGCUUGUAACUUUUGCUGCGGUGCUUUGUUUUGGUCUUGAUGUCGGUUUAGCGGUCGCCAUGGGAUUCACGUUCUUCAUAAUCACCAUUAGGUCACACAGAAUGAAGAUGGUGGUGCUGGGACAGAUUCCAAACACGAAUAUUUACAGAAGUUUAUCCGUCUACAGAGCCGCAAGGGAGAUUGAAGGUAUCAGAAUCUUCCAGUGCUGCUCGUCCAUCUCUUUCGCAAACAUGAAUCACUUCAAAACCUAUUUGUUACACAAGAUGGACAUGAAAGCCGUGCCUCUAGAUGAAAGUGAAAUGAGGGCUUUAACUAGUCUGUCUGACACCGCAGUGGAAAGAAAAGAUCUUAAAUGCUCUUGUGUCUGUCAUCCAACUCCACCACCACCUAGGAUACCAUAUACAGAGAAACUGGUGAAGCAACACCACGCAGACAGCGAAUCCUCGUCAUCGUCAGUUAAUUUGGUGCAUUGGUCGAAGUAUGAAGGCAGACUCAGCUCUCAGAUAUUCUUGGUGGGAGCAGACGACGUAUCCCCAGGCUUUAACGCGGGACUUUCGGCCGCAAAAAAGGAGGAUGAAGGGAGAAGAGCUUGCCUUUCGUCAGGCUCUGCUGUAGAUAACUCCUCGGUGCAGUUAGAUCAGGAGGAACAGCCAGUGCUGCUGUCGUGUCCGGUUCACACCAUUAUUGUAGACUUCAGCAUGGUGCAAUUUGUGGAUUUGCUAGGUUCAGAGUUACUGCGACAGAUCAUCCAUAUGUUUCGCAAUGUUGGCAUUACAGUCCUCCUAGCUGCCUGUCACUCCUCUGUGAUGGCAGACUUUGAGAAGAAUGAUUUCUUUGACAGCUGUGUCACCAAAGAAAGGUUCUUUCUGACUCUUCAUGAUGCUGUGCUGGCUGCUUUGGACAAGAAUGAAAAGCCAGAUGAGCUAGAACCUACCGCGAAAGAGUUUGCUGAGGAACCGGUAGCUGAACAGCAGAAGGAAAGAAGUUUGCUCUUGAAGAAGAGUAAAAGUGUUUUCUCUGCAAAGAACUCUGACAACAAACUUCUGCACGAAGAGCCAACAGGAGAUGCCUCAAGCUCAGCCCAGAAUAAAGAGGAGCCAAGCUCUCUCCGGAGGUACGAUUCUCCGCCCCUUCAAUCGGAUUUCCAGGACCCAGGCUGGGGGAAGAGAUGGAAGUACACCAACAGGCCCUGAAUGACAAGUCCUGGGGAACCGGGAUUUCAGUAGAGAGGAAAAAGGAAGCUGUGCACUCCCAGCAGGGACAGCCAAUGUGGGACCCUGCGAGCGCCGUGACUUCGGAAGGAAGAGAAGGGCUCAGGGCUCCGGCACCGGGGCAAAAAGUUCUCUGGACCGGUGCCAUCGAGGGAGAGAGAAACUACGUAGAAAACUUUCUAAUUUAUAUCCAAUGUGACGUUCAUGGUAUGAAAUAACCCUGUUGGCAGCUUGGGUCAAAUGCCCGGGUCUCGCUCCUCCUCAUCCCUGCACCUGGAAGGGCUUGAAAGCACUGAGACCUCGAAUCCCACAUAGCCUAACUGGCUAUAAAGUAAAUAUUUUCCUGAAUUCAGACGCUAGAGUCUUCCAAAAGUGGAGUUUUCCCCGGUAUUAGAAGAGAAAUUAGUCCUGUGUCGCUCAACCCAGGAAAAUGUCUUUCCCAGCUGGUGGGAUGGAUGCCACCAUGUUUUCUCAGCUGGACGAUGCUGGAGGAGCUCUCCCUCUCCAUGGAAUUGGAGGACACAGAUCCCAAAAGAUGCAUAUUAUCGUUGCAGAUGGUGCAAAGUGUAUAUAGAAUGGUUUGGGUUGGAAGGGACCUUAAAGCCCAGCCAGUGCCACCCCCUGCCCUGGGCAGGGACACCUCCCACCAGCCCAGGUUGCUCCAAGCCCCGUCCAACCUGGCCUUGAACCCCUCCAGGGAUGGGGCAGCCACAGCUUCUCUGGGCACCCUGGGCCAGGGGCUCACCGCCCCCACAGCCAAGAAUUUCUUCCCAAUAUCUCAUCUCAAUCUCCCCUCUUGCAGUGUAAAACCCUUCCCCCUUGUCCCUUGGCUCCUCUCCCUGACCAGGAGUUAAAUCAACACGGAACUCUGGGGCACAAAUGGCUGCAGAAGACAUCCAGCAGCCGAGGAACCUGGGGAGCCGUGCAGAGCGUGGCAGCAGCAGUUCCGAUGCCUGACAACCCUUUGGGUGGAGAAAUUAUUCCCAAUAUCCAUCCUAAACCUCCCCUGGCGCAUAACUGGUCUUUCUCUGUGAUUCCAUAGACACUUUGCACCAUCCGUGAUGACGGCGGAUCCGUGUCCUCCAAUUCCACGGAGCGGAGCCAUGGCGGCUCCUGCGGUGCGUCCAUCCGGGACACACAUCGGCCACGUGGGAAAAAUCAGAGAAAACUGAUAGAACUCGAACCCGGAGCAGACGUGGUUCACGCUCUGGGGGUGGCCGGUGGCCGUGGCUCCUCGGUGUCUCGGGCGGGAGCAGGGGCAGGAAUCCCGGCUGGAGAGCCGGCAGGAGGGCGAGCGUGGGACUGAGCGGGGCCGGGGUUUAGGAGGAAAACAGCGUUAACGGAAGCGGCAGGUGGAGCUGCAACGGUGAGUCCGUAACGGGCGUCACGGGGGGCUGCGGGGGCUCGCAGAGAAACGCUGCAGUGGCCCCGC